AUGGAGGCUGACGUGCAUAAAACAACCUCCCCCUAUCUUUAUCAUCAAGUGGAAGGUGAUCUGGUGUUGAAGCCAGAGAAGUCCACAGUGCCUGACCCCUUCACAAUCAUCCUAUGGAAGCAUGGGAAGAACAAGGUGGCAGAGUGGUACAAGGAUUAUGGUCUGGACAUCUAUGGUACCUUCAUAAACCGUACAACCCUGGACCAGACUACUGGAGAGCUGAGAAUCAGUGGAUUGAUGAAAACAGACAGUGGAAUUUAUUCUGUGGAGUUCAACAGCAAACUGCUUGACAAGACAUAUGCACUGUCUGUUAUCAAGGCAGUACCCAAACCCACAAUCACUUCUUCCUGUAACGCCAAGCAAAUCUCCUGCACUCUGACCUGUGAGGGCAACACCACUGAUGCUGAACCAGUCACCUACAGCUGGAAAGAGAGAGAGGGGCCGUGGGUUGUUGGAGGAAAACUGCUGAUUGUUUCUAAAAGCCACACUGGCAAUUCAACCAACAGUUACAAGUACAUCUGCAAGCUGAACAACACUGUUAGUGGGGAAGUCAGUGAGCCAGUUGGAGAGGUGUUUGGUCCAGUAACACUGUUAGUGUUGUAG